CUCCUAAACCGCAACUCCGGACCACUUUCUGCCUUAAAAUACGCGAUUGGAUAUCUGUUCACUUGGUCGACCGACAUCUAGAGAGUUUUUUAUUCAGGAUACUUUUAGAGGAAAAAACUGCUCAAUAAUAUGGGAAAAGAAAAUAUCAGUUUUUUGUCAUUUUGGAUAAUUUUGGGAAACAUCUUUGCAACUUUUUCCUCUGACCCUGAACCCCCCACCAGCACUGUGUUCGUAAACACCACCGUCACUGCCACUCCCCUGCCCACCACUGCUGAAUGGAUCACAGACUUCACUGACAUUGUGUCCAAGUUCUCCCUGCGCACGGCGGACGUCCCAGAUGAUGACAUGUGCUACAUCGUGACCGGCAGGAUCGAGACCAUCAACGAGUGUGAAUUCAACUCAGAAACACAGACCUUCAUCGUGAUCCAUGGCUGGACGGUAACGGGGAUGUUCGAGAGCUGGGUGCCCAAGCUGGUGUCAGCCCUCUACGAGCGCGAGCCCAGGGCCAACGUGAUCGUGGUGGACUGGCUGACCCGAGCCAACCAGCACUACCCAACGUCCGCAGCCUACACCAAACUAGUGGGACGUGACGUCGCCAAGUUUGUUACCUGGUUACAAAACGUGCUGCAGUUGCCCUGGGAGAGGAUUCAUCUGCUGGGCUACAGUCUGGGAGCACAUGUGGCUGGGAUCGCUGGAGACCUCACUGACCAUAAAAUCAGCAGGAUCACAGGCCUGGAUCCUGCUGGUCCCACCUUCGAGCAUGCAGACAACCAGAACACCCUGUCCCGAGACGACGCCCAGUUUGUGGAUGUCCUGCACACCAACACCAGGGGCUCCCCGGAUCGCAGCAUCGGCAUCCAGAGACCUGUGGGCCACAUUGACAUUUACCCCAAUGGAGGCACUUUCCAGCCGGGCUGCGACAUCCAGAACACACUGCUGGGGAUCGCAUUAGAGGGCAUCAAGGGCCUCCAGAAUAUGGACCAGCUCGUCAAAUGUUCCCACGAGCGCUCCAUCCACCUGUUCAUCGACUCGCUGCUGAACACCCAGCAGCAGAGCUUCGCCUACCGCUGCAACUCCAAAGAGGCCUUUAACAAGGGGCUGUGCCUCAGCUGCAGAAAGAACCGCUGCAACAAGCUCGGCUACAACAUCAACAAGAUCCGCAUGACCCGCAGCGCCAAGAUGUACCUCAAGACCCGCGAAAUGAUGCCUUACAAAGUUUUCCACUAUCAAGUGAAGGUGCAUUUCUUCAGCGCGGACCGGCUGAGCUUCACAGAGCAGCCCAUGAAGAUUUCCCUGUAUGGAACCCACGGAGAGAAGGAGGACAUUUCCUUUGUCCUGCCGGUCCUGAACGGUAACACCACGUUGUCCUUCCUCGUCACCACCGAUGUGGACAUCGGUGACCUGAUGAUCGUGAAGCUGCGCUGGGAGAAGGACACAAUCAUCAGCUGGUCAGACUGGUGGGGCAGCAGCAAGUUCCACAUCCGCAAACUGCGCGUCAAGUCCGGGGAGACCCAGUCCAAGGUGAUCUUCAGCGCGAAGGACGGAGAGUUCGUCGACCUCGUCAGGGGAGGAGAAAGUGGAGUCUUUGUCAAGUCAAAAGAAGACAACAUGAGCCGCAAAGAGAAAUUGAUGCACAAGCUGAAGAUGCAGGGCAGUCUUUACGGGCAGAACGACGCUUGAAGUUGCACUUGAACGCAAACCCCGACCCGUCGUACACAUCAUCCGUCCAUACAUACAUAACCAAAGAUAGACAGCACACAGCGCAACACUGGGAAAGCCUUUGCAAGUAACUGGACACAUAACUAAAUGCUGCGUUUUUCUCGUUUCCCUCCUGUUGUGCCUCAUGACUUCACCUCCCAGUGCAACCAACACAGCCUCAUCCACAGUGCUGGAAAUCAGCCUGCUCACCAGCUCUCUUCUGUCUCUCUACAAAUUCUGCUGCUGAAAAAUGUUACAGGUUUCCUCUGUGAUGAUGUGCUCACAUUUUUCAAAUGUACACUUUCAGUAGCCUUUGCUGCAUAUCUUUGUAAUCAUUUGUUUAUGCUUUUGUAGCCUAUAUGUACUGUUUAUACUGAUUUUUCUUUGCCUAUGUGAACUUGGAUUGUCAUAAAAAUAUAAAUGAUUCAGAGUGAUAGGCAUAAUUUAGGCACAUGUUUUUUGUUUUUUUAUAUGUGCAAAAUGAUCAUUUGGCCCUUAUGUUUGUCUUAACCUAACUACUAAUUGCCAACAAUCAACAGGGACCAAAGAAGUAUUUACUAUCUACUGAACAGAGAAUCACAGCCCUCUUUGUAAAUACCUUUUUUAAUCGAUAUUAUAUAUAUUUUUGAAUACGAGUCAUGUGUUAAUAUCUGAUCUCUUGAAACCGUCCUUGUUCUUUGAUUGCGUUUUGGUUAUUGUGUCACUGGUCACUUUAAAAGGCCCCCUGCAGUCAUUUGGAUGUUAAGGUCAUUGAGAUUGCGGUUCAACAGGGAUAUGCAUUUUUUUUUUAGACUUGGUCAUUUUUUCAUGAAAUUGAAGGUCACUUUUUAAAAUGUCCAGUGAUGGCUAGGUCAACAGUGUCUCACCUGCAACAGUUUACCUCAGUCUACAACAUGCCCUUAUUUUGAAAGGUCAAACAUUGCAACAUUGCUGAAAAUAAACAUGCAAGCCAUGGUAAUUUGUGAUGGACUGGCCUACAUGAUAGCCAUAAUACAUCUCAAGAAUACUUCAUAUUGUAUUUAUUGAAUGUACAUUUAUAUAUUUGUAUAUUAAGCUGUAAUAUAUUUUGGCAGGCUUCCUCUGUCUGUAUUUUUCUAAAUGAAGCGUUUUGUGAUUUUAUGCACGAGGCUUUGGAAAGAUCGAUCAAAUUGGUCUCCAUGGCGGCUGUUCAGUGCAGUUACUUUUAUAAACUGAAAUACAGUGCACUGUAUAAAUAAUGAGCCCAGGAUGGUUUAAUAAAGAGAAA